ACAGCAGAGCUCAUGAGGAGGAAGAAGGAAGAGAAAAAGGACGAAAGAGAAGAAGCUGCUGGAGAACAAACUACCUGCGGAACUGAAGAAGAAGAAGAACUUCGACCACAUUCCUGCAGGAUCUUAAUCUGUUUCUUUAAAGUGUGUUUGGAUCAUGGAGAGCGUCCGAGCCGUCGUCUACCUGUCCGUCUGUCUGUCUGUGCUGACAUCACUCUGCCAGGGUCAAAGGUCGGCCGACAGUCAGUUGCCAUUGACGCCAGACGAGCCAAUCCUUGGACUCACAACCAACGAGCUGGCUGAAGCUCUGCAGGGUCUCCUGGAUGAAGCCGACAACAGAGUCGGUCUGUCUGUGGAGAAGAAAGCCAGCGUCAUCCCACGGUGUGAUGUUGGCGAGCGCUGUGCGAUGAAACACGGACCUCGGAUUGGUCGACUGUGUGACUGUCUGCGAGGAACAGCCUGCAACACCUUCUUCCUGCGCUGCUACUGAACACACACACACACACACACACACACUUUAAUGCUUUCAUACUUGUGAGAACAUAAACCCUGAACUAGGUAUGAAUUCUGUCCUCACAAAGAUAGAAGCAAACAUUGUCACACACACACCUGGCUGUCUCUCUGCAUGUUUGUGUCUUUGUGUUAAGAUUUCAGUGUCUGCCCUUCAGAUUCAUUUAUUUUUGUUAAUAAAGACUCUUCAUAAAGCUG